AUGGCUGCCGACUCUACUACCGAAACGGCGCCUUCCCUGCCGUACCACGAACCAGACAUCAUCACAAUCCUUAUCCUCACUUCGUUCCUGCUGCUACUGAACGUCAUCAACUCGAUAUUCGAUAAGUUUCUCUACUGCGGUCUCCUCGGCCAAAUUGCCGUUGGCAUCGCGUGGGGCACGCCAGGCGCGAAAAUACUUUCAUCGAAUGUCGAAGAUGCGGUGGUGCAGCUGGGAUAUCUAGGAUUGCUAUUACUUGUAUUUGAAGGUGGCCUACAUACCUCGUUCCAGUCGCUGAAAGCGAAUCUACUGCUAUCAUCCGGUGUCGCGUUGACGGGAAUCGCCUUACCGGUGGGUCUGUCGUACACUCUCCAAGGACUACUCGACGCGACGCCGCUGCAAGCUUUUGCCGCGGGAGCAGCUUUGUGCUCAACUAGUCUUGGCACUACGUUCACGGUUCUCGCGUCGAGCGGUUUGUCGUCGUCCAGAUUGGGCGUUGUGUUGACGAGUGCAGCUAUGAUGGACGAUGUUGUGGGACUUGUCAUGGUGCAGGUGAUUUCUAACUUGGGUGGUAGCGAGUUUAGUUGGGUUGUUGUUGUGCGCCCAGUCCUGGUGUCGGUGGCGUUCGCUCUAGCUGUACCAGUUGCUUGCCUCUUUGUUGCGAGACCAGUUACUCUACGGGUUAACCAGCAUCGCGAAGCUCAUCAAAAUGAGGCACUCGACCGGCUUUUGCGGAAGCCACAGACGGCCUUUGUGCUGCAUACUCUGCUCUUGGUGGGCCUGAUUACAGGUGCAACCUAUGCUGGGACUUCGAACCUGUUCGCCGCUUAUAUUGCUGGGGCAAGCAUCAGUUGGUGGGAUUCUGAAGUUGCCCAUCCAGUUGUUAAGAAAGUAGUACACGGAGCUUCAGCUGUUAGUGAACAGAGUACAGUACCCAUCAAUCUUUCUCCAGAGUCCUCGAACGGCUCUCAAGGCUCUGUUGAAAUCCAAAACCCUACGCAGAGUACAUCAACCCCCGAAGCUAAAGAAGAGCCCGAGACUCCAUCAGAAACACAGCCUGCUGAAGGACCGAGUACGUUUAAUGGUGACGAAGACAUGUCUGGAUCCGCCAUCUAUCACCGAUACUAUCACCCCGCAGUUUCUAAAAUCCUCCAGCCCUUUUUCUUCGCCUCUAUCGGUUUCUCCAUUCCAAUCACCCGAAUGUUCCGAGGCGCCAUCGUAUGGCGUGGUUUCGUCUACACCAUCCUGAUGCUCCUCGGCAAAAUCGCCUGCGGCCUCUGGCUCGUCCGGUUCUCCAUUGCACCAGCCAAAGGCAAUAUGGACCGCGUAUUGUCCAAACUGAAGCAGCUAUAUGUUCCGCAUUUCUGGUCCAGAAGCACAAGGACAGCAACGCCUAGGCCGAGCAGCGCAAGAGAAACGGUCACGAGCGCAUCGACGCGUGCUUCACCGAACCCGCCAAAGCCAUUUUCACUUCAUCCUCCUCUUAUCAUCGCUCUUGCAAUGUGUUCACGAGGGGAAAUUGGAUUCCUUAUAUCCGGUGUUGCAGAAUCCAAAGGCAUCUUCUCCUCACCCAAUGAUGUCUCAACCGACUCGUCGAAUAUCUUUCUCGUGGUGACGUGGGCGAUUGUCCUUUGUACGAUUAUUGGCCCCUUGGGUGUUGGAAUGUCGGUUCGGAGGGUGAAGACGCUGGAGGAUCGCAAGAAUCGGGCGCAUCAGGGGAGUGGGAGGGACGUGCUUGGUGUUUGGGGCGUGCAGUGA